ACGUCACUCGGAAACACGUCACAUCCUGUUCGUCCUUUCUAGAAAAAAAAUGGCAGCUGUUGACAUCGACGUGCCGGUGGAUGCCGAAGCUCAGCUUUACAAUGCGGGCGAACUGGAACGUCAGGCCGAAGGUUUCAAAGAGCAGGGCAACGAGUUCUACGGCAAGAAAGAUUACUCGGAAGCCUUCAAUUACUACACCAAGGCCAUUGAUGCAUGUCCCAAAAAUGCCAGCUAUUAUGGCAACAGGGCCGCCACCCUCAUGAUGCUGUGUCGCUUCCGGGAAGCCCUGGAAGAUUCCCAGCAGGCCGUGCGACUGGACGACUGCUUCAUGAAGGGUCAUUUACGGGAGGGCAAGUGCCACCUGUCUCUGGGGAACGCCAUGGCCGCGGCUCGCUGCUUCCAGAGGGUUCUGGAUUUGGAGCCCAGCAACAGAGAAGCGCAGCAAGAGAACAAGAAUGCAGAAACUCUGCUGGAGUUUGAGCGACUGGCGGAUUUCGGCUUCGAAAAGCGAGACUUCCGAAAGGUGGUGUAUUGUAUGGACCGGGCCCUGGCUCUGGCAUCUGCCUGCCACCGCUUCAAAAUCCUCAAGGCCGAGUGUCUGGCUCUCCUCGGACGCUAUCCCGAAGCCCAGUCCGUCGCCAGUGAUAUCUUGAGGAUGGAUUCCACAAACGCAGACGCGCUUUACGUGCGAGGCUUGUGUCUUUACUACGAAGACUGCAUCGAUAAGGCUGUGCAGUUCUUCGUGCAGGCCCUGCGCAUGGCGCCGGACCACGAAAAGGCCCGGCUUGCCUGCAGGAAUGCCAAAGCCUUAAAAGCCAAGAAAGAGGAAGGAAAUCUGACCUUUAAAAACAACAACUAUGAAGCCGCCUAUCAGCUGUACAGCGAAGCCCUCGGGAUAGACCCCAACAACAUCAAGACCAACGCCAAACUCUAUUGCAACCGAGCCGCAGCCGGAGCCAAGAUGAAUAAACCCAGUCAGGCCAUUGAAGACUGCACCAGUGCCAUCAAGCUCGACGACACCUACGUCAAGGCCUACUUGAGAAGAGCGCAGUGUUUCAUGGAAACAGAGCAGUAUGAAGAGGCUGUACGGGACUACGAGAAAGUAUACCAGACUGAAAAAACGUCAGACCACAAACAUCUGCUGAAAACGGCCAAGUUGGAGCUGAAAAAGAGCAAGAGGAAAGAUUAUUACAAGGUGCUGGGAGUGGGCAAGAACGCCUCAGACGACGAGAUCAAAAAAGCCUACCGCAAACGGGCCCUGAUGCACCAUCCCGACCGCCACAGCGCGGCCGCCCCGGAGGUGCAAAAGGAAGAGGAGAAGAAGUUCAAGGAGGUAGGCGAGGCCUUCACCAUUCUGUCCGACCCCAAAAAGAAGAUCCGAUACGACAACGGGCACGACCUCGGUGACGACGGCACCUUCGACGGUGGAGAUGUCGAUGCAAACAACAUCUUCAGGGCUUUCUUCGGUGGGCACGGGGGAGGAUUUACUUUUGACUCCAGUGCAGAUUCUGGACCGGGAAAUCUCUUCUUCCAGUUUGGCUAAAGCGACGAAGCCAUUCAGGAUUUCAGAUGCAGCUCUUGAGCAUCAAGAUUGAGUCAGCUCAAACCUCAAGCGCUGUUCUCAAGACUUUUGAAUUCAAUCCCACAUCCAUAUUUGAAACAAACAAACAAACAACAAAGUCCAAUGCAGUUGAGGUAGGGAAACGAGCACCAUCGGAACAUGCUGCUAUUGCCAAAAUGAAAACAACUCAUUCCUAUGGGGAAAUGGGAGUAUCACAUGUGAUUAAUCUUUGGUAUUAAGUUAAUUUUUUUUUUUUUUUUUUUGGGUUCUCUCAAAGGCUGAGAGAUCAAUACCAGACCUCAGGACUUCUUAACAAAAGGUCUCGUGCAAGUCGAUCAAGGCUUCUUCCUUCCUCUCUUUCUCUAUCAUGCUGCAAUGUAUUCUUUCACAUGAAUGUAAAGUCCAUAAAUGUUUCUUUCUCCCCACUCCUUUCAGUCCUCCUUGUGAUCUAUUUCUAUUUAUUGAUCUUGAUAAAUUUUGCUGUUAAAAUCCAUAAAUUUGCAUCUCAAGGAAUAUUUUCAGCCAAGAAUUAGCGGGGCAAAUAGGUUUUGAGAUUCUGCUCUUUUGGAAGUAAUAUGACAGUCCACCAACACCACCCCCACCCACGAAAGAGAUCCCAACCAGAAGGAAGUGAUGCGACCGUAUUGGCCAACAGUUGCAAGUGAACUCUUCGAGUGGGUACCUUUUUUCGUAUAAACACUGAAAUAUCAAACAGCGAUGCAGCGAUCAAAUAUACUCGAUAAAAUCACAUGGCAGGAAAAAGACAACUAACCCAUCCUGACUGACAACCUUUUCUUGUUCCACCCACUAAAACUGUUCUUGGAAAACCUCUUGCUUAAUUGCUGUUUGUGUAUGUGUGGGUAUGUUUCUGUAAAUAUAUAGAUUAGAUAAGAUGCAUUUUGUUUUCUUAGAACAUGCCCAAGAGUAAUGUUUUUAUUACAAAUAAAGACAUGUCAUUUGUCA